AUGGUGGGGGUCCUGCACAGACUCUGGGCCUGGGAGUCGUGGGAGAUCGAGGAGUUCGCUGCCAGGUUCUUUGAACGGCCGCUGUACGAGUUUACGGAUGUGGCGAGCAUGCACCUCACCCACAUGUUCAAAAGCUCGCCGGACCUGGGGCUGGUGAAAAAGCCUCGUGAGGAGGUGGAGAAGAUCCUGAGGGACGAGAUGAAGGGGAAGAGUCUGGAGGAGGUGGUGGAGGCCGCGCUGCAGGUCUACUUCAGGAAGGAGGUCGGAGCCUUCGACAUCGUGUCAAUCAUCUGUGAGAAGAACCAGUUCAAGGCCGAGUGGAAGAGUCUGUUUGAGAGAGAGUGGGCUCGGCGGGAAGUGCGUCUCACAGAGUACGUCUUCAAUCGAUACGUGCGCAAAGGAUUUGAACAGGCCCUGGAGCUGAGGCAGAGCCAAGAUAAAGUCUCUGCAUGGCUCGACACCAACCACCCGGGUCCUCAGACCAUCAAGGACCUGAUCCGGUUUUUCAUGCAGAAGGUGUCUAAGAAGCCUGUGGAGGAGGAGGGCUGCACAGGGGUCAUGAUCCAGGCCUGA